ACAUGGCUAGCUCGGUAGCUAGCUAGCUAACAUUGCUAAAGUUAGAUUAGCUGUUGCAGAUUAAAUUAAUGCUAGCAAGACAGUUUGGCCGGCUAGUGGCUAUUCUCCAAAUGGUACACACCACAAAAAAUGCAUCUCGGCAGCUGAUUAGUAUGGGCAGUGUGUUGGCUGCCACCUCCCCCAGUCCAGCUGCAGCUGCAGCUGGAGGUGGCCAAGGGGUCCCAGGGUUAGUACCUGUCCCUCCGGGGUUCACCAUGCCGACAGUGUCUCCCGUCCCUCCAACAUCUGCAUCCGGCCAGCCACCAGAAGAUAAAGAGUCCCCCCUCCCAAACCCAGGCACAUAUGAGGAGUGCCACCGCAAAUGUAAAGAGGUGUUCCCUUUGCAGAUGGAAGGUGUGCGAUUAGUGGUUAACAAGGGUCUGAGUAACCAUUUCCAGGUCAGCCAUACUAUAACCCUCAGUACCCUGGGUGAUUCUGGCUACAGAUUUGGUGCCACCUACGUAGGCAGUAAACAGACUGGACCCACUGAGUCAUUCCCAGUGAUGGUGGGCGACAUGGACAACACUGGCAGUCUGAAUGCUCAGGUCAUCCACCAGCUAACAACCGCUGUGCGUUCCAAAAUAGCCAUCCAGACUCAACAGCAUAAGUUUGUGAACUGGCAGUGUGACAUGGAGUACCGCGGGGAGAACUUCACCUCUGCUGUAACAGUUGGGAACCCAGACAUCCUUGUUGGAUCUGGUAUAUUGGUGGCCCAUUACCUUCAGUCCAUCACACCCGCGCUGGCUCUGGGUGGUGAGCUGGUCUACCACAGGAGACCAGGGGAGGAGGGAGCUGUCACUUCCCUCAUGGGCAGGUACACAGGUGAAAAUUAUGUUGCCACACUGACGCUGGGGGGAGCAGGAGCCCAUGCUACAUACUAUCACAAAGCCAAUGACCAGUUACAGAUAGGGGUUGAAUUUGAGGCCAGCACAAGGAUGCAAGACACCACAACGUCUUUUGGUUACCAAGUAGACCUUCCCAAAGCUAACUUGCUCUUUAAAGGCACAGUUGAUAGUAACUGGGUGGUUGGGGCGACCCUGGAAAAGAAGCUGGUGCCGCUGCCCCUCACACUGGCCUUAGGGGCUUUCCUCAACCACCGCAAGAACAAGUUCCAGUGUGGUUUCAGUGUCACCAUUGGCUAGAGGGCCGUGAGCCGCACCGAGCCAGCUCGCAGGUCUCUGCUUGGACCGGCACAGAGACACAUAGGGACCUGGACUGACUUCUAGAAACCAGAUUCAGAGACUCUCUUACAACUGUGAUUUCUUGGACAGAGAGAGAGAGGAAGACAACUUACAAGGAGCCAGGAUUGGCCAAGCCAUGCCUACAUACUGUAGCACAAAUGUCUAUUUCCUUUUUGGUGUAUUGGAUAUACCCAGAGGCUGGAGGGAUAUAAGAAAAGAGAGAGCAUCAGGCGAUGCAUGAGAACUUGUGAUGUUAUAAUCAAACUCUAAGUGGUUAGACCUAAUAUAUGGUGAUGAAUUAUGAUGGAUUGAAAUAAACCUGAUUACUUUUGUAAAA